AGGGCUUCGGGUGCGGUGGCUGUGCCGGGUCCCGAUCGUCGCUUGUUGCAGGAAUAAGCUUGACCAGGAAUUGCAACAAGAUGGCAUCUGUGCUACAAAACGUCAAGGCCUCAAUGUCUUGGCGGAAACACCAGCUCCUGGGUGACUUUGAUGAGAAUGAGAGCCCUGUGCCUGACAAAUUCAAGAGAAGGCCUUCUCUGAGCUCUCUCAAUACCAUCCGCAUGUCCCUGCGGAAGCGAGUACCAUUAAAGCCAGUAGAGAUGAAUUUUCAUGAGACCCCAACUUGGGAAAGCCUGGAAGCAAGACAGAAGUGCCAAACUCUUCAGAGUAUUAGAAGAACAGCAAAAAAUGCUUUUGGAACAGUGUCCCAGAGAAUACAGAAGUCUUGUCAAAGCCCAGUGUGCCCCAUGCUGACCUGUCCAGCUGAAUCCAUCAGCAGAAGCUGUGCCACCAGUUCUGCCAAGAAAAGAAGUACCACACCUCGAACCUCCCGCCGUAAGGAGUCAGCAGCCAGUUCCAAAGGCACCCCAAGAUCCAGCAAAAGAGCCCAGCUUAGGCCAACAAGGGUGUCAGAACACAGAGAAUGCAAGGGUUUGUCAGCCUGGCUUGGCAAAGAUGCUGUCUCUCUCCGGAGGUCGAGAAGAGCAGCAGCACUGAAGAGUCCUUAUUCAUCACCUGCUCCUAGCAGCAGAAAGCUAGAGUUUGACUGUGAGCUGGAGCUGGUCUCCUCCAGGAUCUGCCAGUUGAAGCGCCUCUCCCAGGCAUUUGAUGAUGCUGCUGUGCAAGAGGAGAGGCUCCAUUCGGUAUCAGACUACAGCUCUUUGACGGCACAGAACUUGCAGUCUGCACGUCCAGCUCAGAAACCUUCUCAAGCUAUCAGAGGGUGUGCAAAGAAACUCUAUGGAGCACUUGGUACCUAGGCAGAGAGAGCUGUAACUAGUGUUAGUUUAUGAGCACAUAUAAAGGAGAGCUCUGUGGAGUGCUUGUAAAGGUGCACUCCAUACACAGAAAGCCAUAACAUUUUAUAAUCUUUCAUGACAAAGCAGCUCAGGCCUUCCCUCCCCCUGCUUUCUCUUUCCAAGUGAACAGGAGAAUCAGAGUAGUAGCACAUCUGCUGAGACAGGAACUACUUGGACAUCUAUGCUGAACGGACCAGAGCAAGGGCCAUCAUAGGCAGUAUUUAGACUGGUAUCCAAUUGCCACAAGCUGCAGUAAUAACACUUUGCAUACUGAAAAUGCUGGUCCGUUAUGCUGACAGCUUAACAUAUAUAUAUAACAUAUAUAUAUAUACACAAAGAAAGCAAAAGUUGAGCAUUGUGUUUAGCUGGAAGUUAGUGAAACAGCAGUGAUUUGUUAUCCUGACCACAACUGCCAUUGCAAGGCAACAGGUUUCUGUGGAGUCAUUCAUACCAUGAGAGAGAAACUACAUUAAGACUUUGUUAAGGAUUGCUAUUAGAUUAGCCUAAUUAAUCCUAAGUACUUAGGUUCCAGACAAGCUGUACAGUAUUUCCUGCUGCUGCUUUAAACAGCCUCUUGGCAGUUGAGUUAGACAUUGGUUUUGUACUACAACAUCUUUUAGUUCUGGGCAGUAGCUCAGAUUUAUUCUUUCCAUGUCCCAGUGCUACUCCUAUAAAGCUUUCACUGAGAUGGUGUCUUGUUCAUAAAUAUUUUAAAUAUGACUUUUGUGAAGGAAAGAGAGUUGGAGUCAACCUCCAAUCUAAGUAUUGUUUCAGGCAGUCAGAUGUAUUAAACGGCCUCUAUUUAUACUGCUUCCACUAGCUGCUAGGAUAUGUACAGUGAUGGCUUAAUAGUUCCCCACAUCACUGGUAAGAAAAAUCAGUGACACUGUUUGCUUAAAGGCAAGGAAGGUUUUAUUUGACUAAUCUGUGAUAAGAUUUUAAAAACCAGCUCACGUCAAAAUCUGUACCAGUUGUAGAAAUCUUACUCCUUGUUCCAUAUUAAGAAAUUCAUUAUUGUACAUUUUUGUUUUGAUUCUUUACAAGGCAGCCAUAGGAAAUAUAAACAUUUGUCACCAGAUAGAACCUUCUCACAGUCAAACAAUAGUCCAAAGUAUGCACAGAAUAAUAAAACUACAAGCUGAAAGUAACA